AUGAUAUGUAGUGUAGUGUUUGCAAUAUGGUUGUACUGGUGGAGACCUCGUCCUCGGUCACCUCGCACGUAUCCUGGUGCAUUGCCCAUUAUUGGGCACAUUGUUGAAGCUGUAAAAUAUCGCAAUGGUAAAAAUAAGAGGCGAAAACACAUAAUUAUUUUCGACACAUCUCACCUUAAUACAUGUUUGACAUUUCUCUACUUAAUUAUUUCAGUGCCCACGUGGAAAAUACAUCGUAAGUUACUGAAUCCAGCAUUCAACCAGAAAGUACUGGACACAUUUGUGAAUGUUAUGAAUGUAGAAGCUCAAAAUUUAGUCUCACAAUUAAAACCUGUAGCGGGACAAGGACCAAUUAAUGUCAAAGAAUUUCUUAUUAAAUAUAUUCUAAGAUCAGUUUGCAGUAAGUAUAUAGUGUAUAAUAUGUUUCUUGCUGAUAAUUAUGUACAACACAUCAUAGCAAUCAUCAGUAAUUAUCGAACAUCACUGGGAUUAGAAGCUAAAGAUCAAGAUAUGAUUGGCAAGGAAUACGCGCAAGCAAUAGACGAAAUCGUAACAAUAGCAGUAAACCGAGGUCUAAACGUGGCAUUACAUCCUUCAUUUGUUUACAAUAUAACUCCGAUGAGAAAAAGAGAACAGGAACUCGUGACGAGGAUAUAUAACAUUUUAAAUAGCGUAAGCAUGUAUUAUUGUAAAUUUAAACCUAUACUAGAUCUGUUGCUGCAUUUAUCUGAUGAACAAUAUGGCCUCUCCGAUGAUGAAAUUAUGGCGCAUCUAAAUACUUUCGUAGCACCUUCUUACGACACAACUUCAUCAGCACUUCAGACUGUGUUGUUAGCGCUUGGAUCAUAUCCUGAUGUACAAGAACGAGUUUACAAAGAGAUAAACGAAGUAUUCGGAAAUAAUCAAGAAUUGACUAAAUACGACUUACCAAAACUGGUUUACUUAGAAGCUGUGAUAAAAGAGGUCUUGAGGAUAUAUUCUAUAGCUCCUUGGGCAAAAUAUACAUUAAGGGCUGGGAGUACAUGUAUUUUGGUAUUAUACUACCUUCACCGCCACCCCUCAUGGGGACCAGAUUCAAAGCAGUUCAAACCGGAGCGAUGGUUAAAUCCUGACACUUUGCCUACUAACCCCAACGUAUACGCACCGUUUGGCAUUGGGAAGCGAAACUGCAUCGGUAGGUAUAGAAAGCAGUACGCUAUGAUGACCCUAAAGACAUCGGUUGCGCAUAUCGUUCGAAAUUUCAAAUUAUCUGCAGAUAUUAGUCAAUUGUACUGGAAAUAUGAAGUUAUAUUAAAACCAAUUAAGCCAACUCUCGUUAGUUUUACAAUAAGAUCUUAA